AACAAAUUUACGCCGGCGCAUGCUACAUUCGGUUUGUAAAUUGCAGUUGAUAAAAUGGGUGUAACUAUUCUGCAACCAUACCCUGUGGAAAAUAAAUCCGGUGCACAGACGAUAGAAUUCUUACAAAAACGAGUACUAGCGCUCGGGGCCGUCCCAGCGGGGCAGUUCCUGGUGGACUGUGAAACUUACAGCUCUAAUCCACAACUGGGACCGCCAAAAACUGUCCACAUUCUACACAAUUCCGAGCAACCGGCGUCAGUGUUUUCUAUCCUCGACACGGGAGCAAAGCAGAUACCGCUAGUGACGGAUGGGCUGUUUGAUCUCUUGAUGACCAGAAUCGCGCCAGCGUACACCUCGAAAAAGCAAACUAAAAUCGAAUCCAAGGGACAGCGAUUCGAGUUUGGGGAUUUUCUCAUCAAACUUGGGAGCGUUACAAUGAGCCAGAACUUCAAAGGGGUAAUGGUGGAGGUAGAGUACCGGCCAUGCCUGGUGCCGAGCAGCUGCUGGGAAUUGAUGAGGGAAUUUCUUCAAGGUUUCCUCGGAUCGAACGUCUCCAACUCUAUGCCCGGCUACUUCACACAGCGAUCGAGCAUAAACCCAAAUCUCAUCAAGGCGAAUGAGAUCUACCAACCGAUUGAUACGAUUAAUCAGUAUUUGGAGCAUUUUACAAACUAUCGAAAGCAAACCAUGGGCCCUGUUGGUGCUCGACCGUAAUUUUGUCAUCUUUUUUUUGUAAUAACUAAUAAACUCAUACAAUAAAUAAUAUUCAUACUUUUA